ACCCCUCCACCCCUCACCCACUACUCCCAUUGCCGGGAGACGACGUGGAGGCCCCUUGGGGAGCCAACGACGGCCUCUACGAUGACGCAAUCGGUAGUCGUGCAAAAGUAUACUGAGAGAGUGGACCAUCAGUGGUACUGUUCAAAGCUCUGCCCUGAAUAAAAAUUAAAAGAAAAAAAAAAACACACCAGUUCUCGCUGCAGGCCAUAUUGAGAGCCACCAUGGCCCUGAGUGACGUCGACGUGCAGAAACAGAUUAAGCACAUGAUGGCGUUCAUCGAGCAGGAAGCCAAUGAGAAGUCCGAGGAAAUAGAUGCCAAGGCUGAGGAAGAGUUCAACAUCGAGAAGGGACGACUUGUGCAAACGCAACGACUGAAGAUCAUGGAUUACUACGAGAAGAAGGAGAAGCAGAUAGAACAGCAGAAGAAAAUCCAGCUGUCCACCAUAAGGAAUCAGGCAAGGCUGGAAGUCCUCAGAGCCCGAGAUGAUCUCAUCUCGGCAUUGCUCAGAGAUGCAAAGCUGAGGCUCAGUAGAAUCGUGCAAGAUCCAGUGGCCUACCAGGAGCUGCUGGAUAGGCUGGUGCUCCAGGCUCUGCUCCGGCUGCUGGAACCCGUCAUGAUUGUGCGCUGCAGGCCACAGGACCUGCCCCUGGUGGAGGUUGCUGUGCGGAAAGCUGUUCCAAUCUACAUGAUGGUCUCCCAAAAACGCGUGGAGGUGCAGAUUGACCAAGAGGUCCAUUUGCCUGUGCACACAGCCGGUGGCGUGGAGGUCUACAGUAACAAUGAGAAAAUAAAGGUUUCCAACACCCUAGAGAGUCGACUGGCUCUCUCGGCUCAGGAGAAGAUGCCAGAAAUACGAAGGGUCUUGUUUGGAGAUAAUGCCAACAGAAAGUUCUUCAUGUAAGGCCCUGGAAGGAGAAGCUUGGGUUGAACUGCUAAGCCCUUAAAAGUCUGUUACUUGGGCAAA